GCGCUUCGGCAGGGAAAAGGGGUAAGACAUGUCGGCCAACCUUUGUAUCCUUUGUAUCACAUGACUGCAAUCUUCAGCCUCGCUAGCUGCCUUAUCUUAUCAAGCACGGCACGGACGGUUAUUAUCGGAUGCGGCUGGAUCGACUAUUGGAUCUGUGAUCAUCAAUACUGGCAUUGACCUCAUCCAUACGUCUAUGAAGCCCGCCCCAAGGCUGUCGGCAGGGUAUUCUCUGCCUGCGACCCGUAAAGUAGGCACCUGGGUAGAGGGAAGUCUCGAGUAUUCGAUCACCUCACGCAUGAACACCGAGCGCCAUUGCCCAGGCGACGACUAUGAGUCUCGUGGAAGGCUUGCACCCGCAACAUCAGCGUGUCUACAAGGCCUGUUUCUCCUGCCGUCAAAGAAAGGUAAAAUGCGACCUCGGUUCCGUGGACCGUCCUCACGAACCGCCAUGCGCAAGAUGUCGUCGAGAACAAAAAGAGUGCUACUUCGGCACCAAAGGGUCGCGUGGAUCGUAUUCCCCAUCCCACGAGCAUACCUACGACCAGCCACGGCCCGUGAAGAAGAGAAGGACCGACGGAACCACUCAGAGUACUCCGAGCGACCAUAAUCGCAUUGCUAUGAGCAGGGAUAUGAGCAUUGUCACAAACGAUCCUGCGCAACCGGCAGAAGAGCAGGAACGAGCUGCGCUCAAAGCUGGUCCCUAUACGUCCCAAGACACCCUGGACAUCCUAUACUCGAAAGCAGCACGCACCGAUGGGCAGAAUGAUAACCUACCAACAAUCAGGGAAGAACGUGUACACCCCGAAGCAGGAGAACUUGGCCGUGACAACCUAGGAAUUGACGACACUGUCAUCAGAGCCACAAAAGAAGUCUGGUCUCAGCUCAUCUUCAUACAGGAUGGUCUGUUCACGGCGGAAGAAGCUAUGAUUUAUCUUGACUUUUUCCAAGACCAUCUCGACCCCAUUACGCCAAUUUCCGUCGCCAGAUUCUUGGAUUAUGAGGCCCGCGCAGAUUUUCUCAUACAAGAGCCACUUCUGGCCACCACUGUACUGAUGAUAGCCAGCAGAUACUGUGCAUUGCCUGGGAUUGGAGCGGAGUCUAGGAGGUUCAUCAUUCACGAACGACUCUGGCAAUGCGUACAACGAAUCAAGACGCGGCUGUUCUGGGCUGAAGAUGAGCCUGCCGAUGCUUCAUCUGGCUCUCAACUUCGCACUAUCGGCACGUGCGAGGCUUUACUCCUGAUCUGUGAAUGGCAUCCACGUACAGUUCACUUUCCGCCUGGUCGAGAUAGCCUGCAACUAUUGACGGGCGACCUUAGCAGACCAAGAAGGGGUGCGUCGUCCACCUCAACUUCAACUGCUUGGAAGAAUUGGUCGUGGAGAUCUGAUCGUCUGACGUGGUCCUUGAUCUGGACUGCUUUUGCACUGGGUGCCGAACUCGAUGUGAGCAGAGCCGACACAGCAUCUCGAGAGCGGACGAACAACUCCGGGCCAAUACCGUUCGUUAUGAGAGACACAGAUGCUCGAUCAUACCGCUUACAACAAUUGUUGCUCAUUUUCAUAGCACAAACAUCGAACCGGAUAGGCUCUCAUGUGAAGGUGCCUGAGUCUCUGAAGGGCCACGCGGCUAGCUACACAGAUUCUGUCACACGUCUGUGGGCAGACAUAUCCUUGCUCACCGUCAAGGUCCAGGAGACCUUGUUCGUAUCUCGCGACCACGUCCGCGAAAUCACGGCAAACGGGAGUUAUAUAGGACUGUUGUACUUGUUAGGCCCAACGCUUGAAGAAUGGAAAAUGAAAUUCGAUGCAAGUGAAGUGCCACAGCCGAUGCGAGCCAUCUUAGAAAUGGAGUACGGUCAUCUCAGGGCGCAGACGAACAGCAUUGCAAUGCAAGCUGCAGCUACUAAGCAUCGGUCUCAGACGCAAUCAUCACAUUCGCGCAAUGACGAUUUCAUCGCUCAAAUCAUUGACGGGUCCAGGUCUGUCCUUCGGGUCGUCGUGGAUCUGCUGGGUCCUACCAAGUGCCUCACAUACAUUUCCGUGAGGAGCUACUAUCGCAUCCUUGCCGCCGUUGUUUACUUGAUCAAGGCUGUUCGAUUAACAGAUUCUCUUACGGAAGCUGAAGCCUCCUAUGCAAUGAUCAAGAAAACAGGCAUUGCCUUGACAGAUUCAAUUGUCGACGAUGCAAAUUUGGGCGUUCGGUGGGGGAAAAUGUUCGUCGAUUUAGCCGAAGCGGAAACUCAAGUGCUGGGUCAACGCAGGGGCAAUAUCAACGUAAACCAAGUGGAAUCGUUCCCUGCACAACUAGACAUGGACCCUGGAACUUCUCCAUCUGCAGACGGCUUCUUGUCAUUUUACGAUCCCCAGAUCUGGGGCUCCUUUCCGCUCGACAUCGAGGAUACUCUUGGGCCUUUCGGCCCUAACAUCGACUUUCGCGAUUAUAUCCCUGGCCCCUUUGCUGAAAGUACUUCAAGGUAUCAAGCAGAGCGAUGAUCAUUGAUGCUUCGAUUUUUAUUUUGGUUGGUGCCGGGCCACGGAUUUUGUUAGACCCCAUAUGGACUACCGACAACUUCAUGUAAGCCCGAUUCCUGGUUGGGACACACAAUUCGAGCCUUCGUUUGCAGACGCUCCAUCGCAGGCGGAGUGCGGUCCGUCCACUUGGCUUUGAUCAGCCACCACAGGGAACCCCAAAAAGCUUCAUCAAGGCUUCAGGGCAUCCGAUAGCCCGUACAAAGACCUCAUUGUUGACGCCGCCA